AUGGCCCCUCUGGUGUACAGGUCUGCAGCCGCCGCACUCAUCGUUUAUGACAUCACAGACCAGAAUUCGUUCGAUGAGGUUGAUUACUGGAUCUCAGAGCUAAGGAGUAAUGGUCCUGAGGAAAUCUUGAUUUAUGUGAUUGGGAACAAAGUAGACCUCGAAUCACGCCGUGUUGUCGACCGGGAAGUGGCAGAGAGUUACGCCCAAACCAAAGGAGUGUUUCACUUUCAUUCCAGCGCCAAGACUGGCCAGGGUGUCGAAGAAAUCUUCUAUCAUAUCUGUCAAGAAGAUCUCAAGAAGAGUUCAAUAAAAGAAACUGGAUGCAAGAAUCGUCAGAGUACGAUCGAUGUCUCAAACUCCACCAAUUCCGAUGGAAACAACGGCGGUCAUCGCGGUCCAUGUCGAUGUGUAAAUGGGUACCUGAUCUGCUUGAGCUCUAAUUACUUUGGCAGCUCAGCUACAACCAGGACUACCUGGGUAGGGAAAACCAGUAUAACCACACGAUUCGUCCAGGGAAACUUUGAUGAGAAAUACGUCAGCACUAUCGGCGGCGCCUUCUUGUCAAGAUCACUCUACUUUCAGAACAUCGAAUAUAGUUUUGCAUUAUGGGAUACGGCGGGGCAAGAAAGGUUUCGUUCAAUGGCCCCUCUGACGUACAGGUCUGCAGCCGCCGCACUCAUCGUUUAUGACAUCACAAAGCAGGAUUCCUUCGAAGAUGUUGAUUCCUGGAUCUCAGAGCUGAGGAGCAUGGGUCCUGAGGAAAUCUUGAUUUACGUGAUUGGGAACAAAGUAGACCUCGAAUCACGCCGUGUUGUCGACCGGGAAGUAGCAGAGAGAUACGCCCAAACCAAAGGGGUGUUUCACUUUCAUUCCAGCGCCAAGACUGGUCAGGGUAUCGAAGAUAUCUUCUAUCAUAUCUGUCAAGAAGAGCUCAAGAAGAGUUCAAUAAAAGAAACUGGAUGCAAGAAUCGUCAGAGUACGGUCGAUGUCUCUAACUCUACCAAUUCCGAUGGAAACAACGGCGGUCAUCGCGGUCGAUGUCGAUGUCAGAUCACCUAAUCAAACUAGAUCGCAAAGGCUUUCUAAAAUCAACGUGAAAACAAAUUCAGUAGCCUUUUACAUCGCCUUUGAAAUAUGCGAACCUUUUAUUUCGACCAUACAUGAUUUCUACAGUGUAUACAGGCAAUACAACAGGAUAUUGAAAUUUCCCUUGAGCUGAUUAAUCUCUUUGCGAAAGCUAUUAUCAGAGUUAUCAA